CUAAAGAGCAAUAUAGGCCAUGUUUCAGUUCUUCAAAAACCUUCCUACUGGAAUUUACUCAUCUGUUUAUGCACAAAUAGGAUUAAGAAAUAUCAUGACAUCCUGCAUUGCUUCUGGAAGAACAGCUUACUCAUAUAUAAGGGAGCGUCGAGGUAUACCAAACAUGCCUAUUCCUAAAUAUCUUAAGGAUGGCACCAUCCGUAGGGGAAAUGGUAGGUCCGGGCGUAACAAUACUGGUCGCAUAACAAUCCGGCACCGGGGUGGUGGCCACCCACAAACCUAUCGAAUCAUUGACUUUCUAAGAGCACCAUUUGAAAAGGAAGUUGCUGAACCAAGGGUGAUAAAAGACAAAAUUUUGCAAAUUGGAUAUGACCCAUGUCGGUCAGCUAGAAUUGCAUUAUGUGCUGGGAAUGGCAGUAACAAACAAAAACUUGUUAUUGCUCCUGAUGGGGUCAAGGUAGGAGAUGUAUUAACAGCUUCCCGUAGCAGCCCAACAUCUAUCUCAAGAAUACAACCUGGUGAUGCAUACCCCCUUGGGAAAUUGCCUAUCGGUACAAUUGUUCACAAUGUGGAACUCACACCUGGAAAGGGUGCGCAAUUAGCAAGAGCUGCUGGUACUUCUGUUCAGUUGAUUAGAAAAACCGAGGAACAUGCUAUUAUCCAACUUCCAUCCAAAAAAGAAAAAAGUGUGAGCAUUGAUUGUUUGGCAACAAUUGGCCGGGCAUCAAACAUUGAUCAUAAACAUGAGAUUAUUGGUAAAGCUGGUCGUAGCCGAUGGCUUGGGAGAAGGCCAAAAGGAAAAACUGGUAAAGAUAGGUGGUUGUGGACAAAGAAGAGGGUAUAAGAUAUUAUGAAUAUAUAGUACUGAUGUAUGCAAUUUAGAAGAACUACUUGUUUUAUAAAUUGAUAAAUAACAUUCAUCAAAGUGGUUAUGAUAGUAAGUAAUAAAUAUUUUUUAUAUUCCUGUUUACUGUUUGAGUGUUUUCAACUGUGAAAGCAGUUACUGUAGAUAGAUAGAUAAUCAUAGAUAUUCGUUCUGACUGUUAAUCUCCAACAUCUGACAUUGACCUGACAACUAGGGGUGUCUUUAGGCACUAUUUGACCAGCUGCUAUCAAUGCAACUCUUGGAUUAAAUUGAGGUAAUUGAUCCCCAAGGAGCUGCAUCAAAGUCUGAAAAUAUUAUUGGUAUGGGCAUAUCCCCUACAUUCACAUGGAUGAAGUAAAUAUGAAGAAGAUAUGAAAAAUCUCUAAAUCUAUGGUUUGAAAAUGUCCCGACAGCGUGGGAGUUUCUAAAGACCAAUCAUGAUUCAUGCAUUUUCUAAUCAUGAUUCAUGCAUGCUCCUAAUUCGUUUUUCUACGCCUGCUCUUUUAGUCUUGAAUUUUGCAUACCUGAUUUGAAUAUCUGGGCGCAAAACUUAAUUCUUCUUGGGAUACUGAUUUUUGUUGAAUUAUAGUUUUACUUUUUCCCAAAAGACAAAAAAUUCCUACUUGGUCAGGAUGGGGAUAACCGCGCAAGGAAGAAAAUAUCAACUUCCAAUGAUGUGAAGCUUGUUGAAAUCUGAGCAGGAACCUUUGGCGAUAGAUCACUGGAAUAAUGCGAUUUUGAUAAGCCCCUGAAAUUACCAAUUUACGAAGAUGGACUUAGACUUCCCACUAUUAUUGAAAUUUGAAAUAUACGCCCCUUAAAUGUGGUGGUACUUACGUAAACUCAAAGCUGUACUUUUAUCAGCUUACAGUUACCGGCAAUUUUUGGUCACUAAAAUAGAGUGCCUCACAAAGAAGAAAUAGCAUUUCAACUGGAUUUUGUUUUCCUGAGGCUAUAAAUAUAAAAAAACCUAAGGAGCAUUUUCCUGGUUCCCCCGAACUGGUUCACUACUCCUCGGGGAACAUUCAUCCGCUGAACCAAAAUUUAUAGCCAGACCUUUGCUUGUAAUUAUAGCGCCUAACAAAACUUGGCUUUUCCAAUCAAAUAUAAAAUUUAACACCACAAAAAUCAGCCCUGCAUGGAACAUAAACAUCCCCCUAAUUUUUCUGGAAGUAUGCCUCCGGGACAGAACGACAGAUGUAUACUUAGGUCUGGUUGAAGCCUGGCGUUUAAUAUACUCAGUAAUGAAAUCUGUGAAUACGAAUGCAAGCUUACGGCGCCUUCGUUAAUCGACGUAUCUGGUGGUUUUCUAGCCUUUUCUUUACUGGCGCUUUUGGUAAUGAAUUUUGACCGAUAUUUGGCGAUAUAUUAUCCUUUCUUUCAUCGAACAUAUGAAAGCAAAGAAUAAACUGUUGACAGCUCUAGCA